AUGCUGGCCAACAGUCUUUCUUUUAUCCUCUUCCUGGUCAAUACCGUCCCUACUAUCGUCUAUCCGCUCGUCAUUAUCCCCUCAGCUGGAAGACGCCCUGUAUUGGACACACUCACUCUCUGCAACCUGACCUCAACUUUACUCGCAUCAAUUAUCCUCCCCGUUUUUACGCCAGCACAUAGCAUUCUGCCCGACGGAGGCUCGUCUCUUCACCCUUCACUGACAUGCUCACCCAUUGUCCGAUGGUGGUCCUACGGAUGGGUCACACCUUUCGUAGCCUCGGCCUACAAGAAGGUGGGACAGCUUGAUACGGACCAUCUUCCAGAGUUGACCGUGGCCGCCGACCCCCUCUUGCUGUCGACCAAGUUUGUCGAGGCGCGGCGCAAAUCAGACUCUACCAGGCAGGCCUUAUGGUAUACUUUCAAGGAUCGACUUCUGAUUAUGGCCAUUCUCAUGGUGUUUUGCGGCUUCUCCGAAUUUCUGGGAGCCAUUGGGUUGCGAAGUCUCUUGACAAGUCUCGAGGGUAGUGCACCUGAUGGAUCGUUUCGGCCAUGGUUCUCUGCCCUUCUGUUUGGUGCCUCUCCUGUCAUUCGUGGCUUGUUCAUGCAGACUUUCGAGUUCUUCUCAACCGACACAAUCUGCCGACUCAAGGGAAUGGUCAUCUGCGUUAUCCACAAGAAGAUUCUGAAGCAAAGGGACGGUGGUCGCAUCGAUGUAGGCCAGGUGACAAACCACGUCGCCGCAGACAUCGACAAGAUCUCUGUCCUGAGAUACACCAUCAUGGCUGGUUUCAUGGUUCCUAUUGAGGUGGCUGUUGCCAGUGUUAUUUUGUACCAGACGCUGGGUUGGUCGAGUGUCCCUGGAUUGGCCUUGAUUGUAUUUACUCGAAUUCCCAUUUCCUGGUAUGUGAACCGAUACCAAGGCCGCGCCCAGUCACGGGUCAUGGGAGCAAUCGAGGCAAGAGUCCGUCGUGUCAGCGAAGUCAUCGAUGGGCUUCAGACCAUCAAAAUGCUUGGUCAAUCGUUAGCUUUCACCUUGUGGAUCGGUGAGAAGAGAAAGGCAGAGCUUCGUGCUAUCUGGAAGAAGCUUGUGAUAGCCACGGCCUCAGAGACUCUCUCUUCCGCCUUCGUCCUCAUCCCACUGAUCCUGUCGCUGUGUAUCCACACUCUCAUUGCUGGGCAUCGCCUCAGUCCUGCUGUCGUGUUUACAGUUGUGUCAGUCUUCAAUACGUUGAAAGGCAUGAUGUCUCUGGCUGUUAUUGGUGUCAGCACACACGCGCAGGCUAUGGUUUCCGUUGACCGGGUGGUUCAAUUCUUGGAUCAAGAUGUCGACAGCCUCCUGGAACAAGAUGACACAACCUUCACGACCCCCUACAGCGACGAAAGCAGGGGCGAAGGAGCCAACUACCUUGGAGCAAGGCACGCAUCCAUUGCUGUCAGACUGCCUGAUAACUCAAGCCGGACAAUUCUGCGGGGCAUCUCUUUCCAGGCUCCUCGAGGUGGUUUGACCGUUAUUAAAGGGAAAACUGGAUCCGGCAAGUCCACACUUAUCAAAGCCCUUCUUGGAGAAGCCCCAGUGAUCUCUGGCGAAGCGUCCCUUCGUUCCAACGGGUCCGAGACUAUAUCGUACGCAAGCCAGGCUCCAUGGAUCCGUAACAGCACCAUCCGAGACAAUAUCCUCUUUGGUGCGCCAUUCAUCUCAAAAAGAUACCACGAGGUCACGCGAGCUAUGGCACUGCACGUCGAUUUCCGCCUUCUCCCAGAUGGUGAUCUUACUACUACUGGAGAGGCUGGAUCCUCACUGUCAGGUGGCCAGAAGGCUCGUGUUGCUCUCGCCAGAGCUAUAUACGCCAAUACAGACAUUGUCGUUCUCGAUGACGUGCUCUCGGCUUUGGAUGCAACAACUUCCAGCCACGUCAUCGACGAGUGCAUUUUUGGGCCGUUGAUGAGAGGUCGGACAACAAUUCUAGUCUCGGACAAGGCAGAGAUAUGUCGUCAGGCCGAUCAGGUUGUGGAACUGGUUGACGGAGAGGCUCGGGUCUCUGCGAGGCAAAAGGACACGACCGCCCUCAAGCCUGGAGCCGUCGAGACAUCAAACAUUAGGGAAGUUGAACUCUUCCACGAGCCAGACUCGGAGACCCAAGUCAUACGAGAGACACGACUUUCCAGGCCACCAACAGGGGAAGACUCAUCGCGUGCUCAGUCCGAGAAAGUCCUGGAUGGUCUCAUCGGAAAGUCUACCAUCUUCAAGUACCUAGGCAUGUUUGGGUCUCCGACGUUCUUGGCCUUGUUGUGUGUCUUGAUCUUAUCAGGUCAGGCUGCUGACACCUUGUCUUCACUCUGGUUGACGAAGUGGUCUGCCAGUUACAGCUUCGACCAGGAGCGCAAGACAGACAUGACCUCGCUGUUCUUCGCAUCCGUAUACUCGAUGAUGGGGAUUUCACAACUCGUACUGGCUUGCGCAUCAACUCUGAUCUUCUACAGAGGCGCCAUUAGAGCCAGUCGCAAGCUACAUUAUCGGAUGCUUGUCUCGGUGUUUGGGGCCACGUUUCCAUGGAUCACGUCGACACCAGCCGGUCAGAUACUCAACCGCUUCUCUUCGGAUGUGUUCUCACAAGACAACACUGUCAAUGAGCUGCUCAAGCAGGUCGUCGAAAACUCCCUUUCCAUCGGUUUCCGGUUAGCAGCAGUAUCCUCUAUGCUGCCACUAUUCUUGCUUCCUGCCCUCAUUUUCCUUUGUAUGGCUUGGUUUACCGGGCGAGUCUACCUGUAUGGCUCGACUGCCGCAAAGAGGCUGUACGCCGCUUCUCUGUCUCCUGUUUUGUCCGAGCUCACCGACGCUGUGUCUGGUGGCGAGAUCAUCCGAGCGUACAACCGAGAGACCAUGUUUCGACACUUGUUCCUUGAAUCUUUGGAAAAGUACCUACGCGGUUGGGAAACGGUAAGCGGCACGCAAAGAUGGCUCGCUGUUCGUAUGGAUGUGUUCGCUGGGUUGAUCCAAGUGUCUACUGCCAUACUCGCAAUCAUUUCGCCAAACGCGAAUCCAGCGGUAGUCGGAUUUAGUAUGACAAGCGCUUCAGCGUUAUGUACAGCACUACUAUAUCUCGUGUACCUAUCGAGUGUAUUGGAGAUCGAGAUGAACUGCUUCCAGAGGAUUGAGGAGUACACUCACGCAAUUCCUCAAGAGCCCAAAAACGAGCCCGAGGGAGAUGAAGGUAUGAAAGAUCAAGAGUGGCCCACCAGGGGCGAGCUCGAGAUAGUCAACCUGACUGCUGGUUACUCGCCAGAAAAGGCUAUCUUGGCCGACAUUGACGUCCGGGUACACCCAGGACAGCGAGUGGCCAUCGUUGGACGCUCUGGUAGUGGAAAGAGCUCCCUGGCGGCGACCAUUUUGGGAUUGACCAGUAGAAUUGAUGGCCGAGUUCUGAUAGACGGCGUGAGUAUUGACUCGGUAGGAGUGGAAGACUUGCGGCGCGGCAUAUGCUUCAUCCCUCAGAACCCAAUGUUGUUUACUGGCCCGCUCAGGUUCAACCUGGACUUUACCGGCACCGUACCCGACAAGAGGUUGCGACAGAUCUUAUCCGAUGUCAUGGGAGACAGUGACGGCGCGGUCAAGUGGUCUCUUGACCGGCAGAUUGAACGCGAUGGGGCCAACCUCUCUCAAGGAGAGCGACAGCUCAUAGCGAUCGCAAGGGCACUAGCAACAUCAGCCCGGAUCGUCAUCAUUGACGAAGCAACGGCAAGUCUGGACGCAGAAAGCGAGAGUCGGAUGCAGAAGCUCCUGGCAGAGAGGUUCUCGGACAAGGUAGUGAUGGCGAUAGCGCACAGAUUAGCGGCAAUUGUGGACUUUGACGAGGUAUACGUGUUGGAUCAGGGUAGAAUCAUCGAACGCGGGGUCCCCAGGCUUCUGCUUGAGUCGAGACAGGGUCAGUUUUGGAAGCUUUGGCAGAGCAUGGAUCAGGAGCAACGGCGGGACGCUCAAAGGUUGUUAGUUAUCUGA